AUGCGAGGCUCAAGCUCACUCACAUCAUUCUCAUCGAUCCUGAGCUGCUUAUCUCCACUUGGUACGAUAUAUUGUGCACCCGGGAUCCGCUUGACCCCCGUUUACUUUUGUCAAGAGCACCACUUUGUCACUCAUACUGUUAAUAGGCAUCAUAUAACAAAGAGGAAAGAGCGUAGCAUUUUCUUCAAUUUACAGAUUGGUCCCGAGCAUAAAGGAGUGGAGCAGUCGCUUACAAUAGUGGUUUCCUUCCAUGAUACGUUCAUCACCAAGGUUGACCGAGCUUUUCGUUGCACUUGCUUUUACAUGGAAGCUGAUCGUGUCGCUAUCGCUCGAUUUGAUGUCAGGUAG